GAUGGCGCGGGCGGCAGCGGCGCGGGACGGGGAGGCCUGUGCGUGAUUGGCCCUGCAUGGACGCGCGGCGAGAUAGAAAAGCCGGAGGGUGUGCGCAUCAUGGGCUCGUACGAUGCGCUCUUCUACACCGAGGAGCAGCAGAGGCGGCUUGGGGUGGACGAGUCCGGAGCCAAGGUCGCGCGCGACCGGAGCAAGUUCUUCGCGCCCGAGGCUGCGCCAGCCGCGAGCGGCCGCUUCCCUGAGCACUGGGGGCGGCCGCCGCUCAAGCAGACGCGGGACCUGCGCCCGCUGCCCGGCGGGUACGGCAUGGGGAGCGGGACGCUGGCCAAAUGGGUGGCGGAGAAGAUGGCGGUGGACGCGGCAGGCGGCGCGGGCAGCGGCGCCGGCGCCUCAGCCGCCCGCAGCUGGCCCGACCUGGUUGGCAGUAGCGGUGAGGCGGCGGCCGCCGCCAUCCGCGCCGCGCGGCCGGACCUGUCAGUGUCGCUGGUCGGCGUGGACGACAUGAUGACAAUGGACUUUCGCGAGGACCGCGUCCGCAUCCGCGUCAAAGAGGACGGCACCGUCGACUCUGUCCCGCAGGUCGGCUGAGUCUGUGACUGUGUUGUCGACCGACAACGAAGACACAGUGUUAGAUACUGUCACGAAGAAAAAUAUACAUUC